CAGAAUUUGAAUAUAGAAAUACAAGGCAAGAGAGAUAAUCUUGAAGAAGUUGUAAAGACGGCAGAUCAGUGUGCAUCGGCCAUCAAGGAUUAUGAGCUACAACUGGCAUCCUAUAGUUCUGGACUGGAAACACUACUUAACAUCCCAAUAAAGAGGACCAUGGUUCAAUCACCAUCUACAAUUAUAAUGCAAGAAUCUGCUGAAGCCCAGGCUCGCUACAUAGAGCUCCUUACCAGAGGAAAUGAUUACUACAGACUUCUACAUGAAAUGUCAAAGAGCAUGGAAGACCUGAAGAUGAAAAAUACCAGGAUUGAGCUACUUGAGGAAGAACUUCGACUUGCCAGAGAUGCAAACAGUGACAAUUCACAGAAGAACAAAUUCCUUGAUCAGAACCUACAAAAGUACCAAAUAGAAUGCUCAGAAUAUAAAUCAAGACUUCUCCUGUUGGAGGACAUGAAGAGGAAAGCUGAAAUGGAUGGGUCUUCUUCUAAACAGAACCUUGAGAAAUGCUAUAGUCAGAUAACAGAACUAAAUGAGAAGAUAACAAGACUUACCUAUGAAAUUGAUGAUGAGAAACGUAGGAGAAAAGCCCUGGAGGACAGAUGUGAGCUUCAAAAGAAUGAAUUUGAUCAAAUACAGCAAAGAAGGCACACUGAAUUAGAAGGUGUCAACCGUCAUAAAAUAGAAACUGACAAGACAAUCAAAGAGAGAGAAUACGAGAUAGAAAAACUAAAACUUCUACUUCAAGAUGAAGGCCAGAGAAAGAGGGAAUAUGAGACUGAGCUGUCAAAGGUAAGGAAGCAAUGUAGUGACGAAAUUAGUAGUUUGAGGAACAAGUAUGAAUCUGAGAUAAACAUUACGAAGACUACCAUACAGCAAAUUACUGUUCAGAAAGAAGAAGAUGCUUAUGAACUCAGAUCUCAGCUUGAGAAACUUGCCAGAGAAAAUCGUGACCUCACACAAGAAAUUACCAGACUUAAUGAGAAUAUUGUCCAAACAAAUGAGCAGCGUAGAAGGGCAGAAGAAGAUGUUUUCCAACAAAAGGCUUCAGGGUCUGAGCUCACUCAGAGGAAGCAGCAAUUAGAAUUGGAGUUACAAAAAUUAGUCCGCGUUCAAUCAGAGGAGACCACAGGCUACAAGAGGUCAUUAGAAGAGGCCAGUAGGACAAUUCAGGACAGAAACAACGAGAUUGACAAGCUAAAGUAUCAACUUCAAGAGGAAGCUGCACGCCAGAGACAAUAUGAAAAUGAGCUCAUAAAGGCAACUAAUAAGAUACAGGAAUCAAGCAGUAAAUACUCAGAAGUCUUUCAAGAAAAAGAAAGCAUUCUUAUGAAAUUAAAACUUCUGGAGCAAGACAAGAUGAGGCUUCAGCGUCUGGAAGAGGAACUUAGUCGUGCAAAGGCAGCACUAGAUGCUGAAACGCGUAACAAGCAGCGUCUAGAAGAUGAGAAGCAGCAGAUUCGAAAUGACCUUAAUCAGUGGAAGAGUCAGUAUACUCGUAAGGAGGAGGAUGUAAAGAGAAUUGAAAGUGACUGGGAGAGAAGUGAAAGAGAAAAGGCAUCAUUUAAAAGUGAAAUUGAAAGAUUGCAGGCAGAGAUAAGAUCAAUUGAAGAGAGGUACAAACGUAAGCUGGAGGAGACUCAUCGCACUAGCCAAGCUGAUUUUGAAGCACAGAGACUGACAUUGCAAAGGGAGAUGGAAAAUCUUAAAAGACGUCCUUCUGGGUCCAACAGACAAACUCAGACUGAUGAAGAUAUGUCAAUAGAUCCUUCUAAAUUUGUUUUCGAUGGGCUAAGGAAAAAGAUUACAGCUCAUCAGCUUCUUGAAUGCCAAAUAAUAACAAAGUCAACAUUUGAAAAAUUAAUAAAAGGACAAAAAAAUCAUUGGAAGAGGUAGCUACUGAGAUUGAGCCUUACCUGAAAGGUGCUGGUGCAAUUGCAGGUAUCUCUGUCACACCUAAAGAGAAAUAUUCAUUUGUAGAAGCUAAGCGGAAGAAGCUAAUUUCGCCUGAAAGUGCGGUAAUGCUCUUAGAAGCUCAAGCCGCAACAGGAGGUAUAAUAGAUCUGCAGAAAAGUGAAAAGCUGACUGUAGAUAACGCUGUUGCUAGGGAUCUUAUUGAUUUUCCAGACAGAGAGGCCAUUUAUACUGCAGAAAAAGCAGUCACUGGCUUUAAAGAUCCUUUUUCUGGAAAGACCGUAUGUGUUGCCGAAGCAAUUAAGAAUAACUUGAUCACCCGAGAUGUUGGGUUGCGGCUCUUAGAAGCCCAGUUGGCAGCAGGUGGAAUUGUUGACCCAGUGAACAGUGUCUUUGUACCUGUUGAGGUUGCAUUAUCACGAGGCUUGAUUGACAGGGAUUUGAAUCGAUCAAUAAAUGACACCAGUGAUGAGGCAAAGAGAUUCAUUGAACCAACCACAAAGAAAAAUGUCAGUUAUGCACAACUUAGACAGAAGUGCAGAGCAGAACCUCAUACAGGAUUGCUUUUGUUGCCUGUAAUGAAGAAAAGUCUCUCCUUCCAAGGUAUUAGACAUCAGGUGCCCCUGACUGAGUUAGUAGAGUCUGGCAUUAUUCGCUCUACCACAGUUGAUCAACUAGAAUCUGGUCAGAUAUCUGUUGAAGAGGUCAGUGAAAGAAUUAAAGAUUUCUGCAGGGAUCCAGUUGCAUUGCCGGAAUCUAUAAUGAAGCUACAAAAGAAAAAUUAGGAAUAUAUGAUGCAAUGAAAAAGGGUUUGUUGAGGCCUGGAAACAACACUUGAACUACUGGAAGCUCAAGCAGCGACUGGAUUCAUAGUGGAUCCAGUAAAUAAUCUAAGGCUGCCAGUGGAAGAAGCUUACAGAAGAGGUCUUGUUGGAAUUGAAUUCAAGGAAAAGCUUCUGUCUGCAGAAAGAGCUGUUACUGGCUAUAAGGACCCAGAAACUGGGAAUAUAAUAUCACUCUUUCAAGCUAUGAACAAGGAGCUUAUUGAAAAGGGACAUGGAAUCCGCUUGCUGGAAGCCCAAAUUGCUACAGGUGGAAUCAUUGAUCCUAAAGCCAGUCAUCGUUUACCAGUGGAUGUUGCUUACAAACGUGGGUACUUUAAUGAAGAAAUGAAUGCAAUUCUCUCUGAUCCAGAUGAUGAUACCAAAGGCUUUUUUGAUCCCAACACAGAAGAAAAUUUGACAUACCUACAACUAAAAGAAAGGUGCAUUGUUGAUUCACAAACCAACCUUUGUCUACUGCCUCUAAAAGAAAAGAAAAAGUUGGUACAAGCAUCACAAAAGAAGACUUCUAGGAAGCGUAGAGUAGUCAUAGUUGAUCCAGACACAAACCGAGAAAUGACAGUACAAGAAGCUUAUAACAAAGGGCUUAUUGAUUAUGAAACCUAUAUUGAUCUUUCAGAACAGGAGUGUGAAUGGGAAGAAAUCACUACUACAGGUUCAGAUGGUUCAACGAGGGUUGUCCUUGUUGACCGAAAAACAGGAAACCAGUAUGAUGUCCAAGAGGCUAUUGAUCUAGGCACAAUCAACAAGAGCAAUUUUGAACAAUAUCGUGCUGGUACACUAAGCCUUACUCAGUUUGCAGAUAUGAUCUCCAAUAGAAACCUAAAUGAUGAUGUGUUAGUUACCUCUAGACAAGAUUCUGUUUCAUCCAUUUCAUCCAUGUCCACACCCAAAUUUCGAACCAGUUCAUGGUCUAAAAGUGGUUCAUUUUCAGACACUUUAGAAGAAACCACACCUAUUGCAGCAAUAUUUGAUACUGAAAGCUAUGAAAAAAUAUCAAUAUCAGAAGGCAUCAAACGUGGCAUUGUAGAUACAAUUACUGGACAACGCUUACUGGAAGCACAAGUUUGCACUGGAGGAAUUAUUAACCCCAACUCUGGGCAGAGAGUUUCCUUGCAAGAUGCAGUUUCUCAAGGCAUAAUAGAUCAUGAUAUGUCAGCUAGACUAAAGCAAGCUCAAAAGGCCUACACGGGCUUUGAUGGAGUAAGAGGACAAAAAAAAUUAUCUGCCGCAGAAGCCAUGAAGGUGAACUGGUUGCCUUAUGAGGCUGGACAGCGUUUUCUUGAAUUCCAGUACCUAACAGGAGGCCUUUUUGAUCCAGAAACACAAUCAAGAGUAACUACAGAGGAGGCUAUUCGUAAAGGUAUGAUUGAUGGUCGAGCCGCUCAGAAAUUGCGAGACAUAAACAACUACCCCAAAAUUCUGACAUGUCCAAAAACUAAACUGAAAAUCUCUUACAAAGAAGCUGUAGAUCGAUGCAUGGUUGAAGACGUAACAGGUUUGCGAAUGCUUGAAGCUGCUUCAGUGUCUUCUAAAGGCAUAAGUAGUCCUUACAAUGUUUCCUCAGCCCCAGGAUCACGGUCAGGAUCCCGCCCUGGGUCACGCAGUGGAUCUCGAAGAGGAAGUUUUGAUGCUACAGGUUCAUCUGCUUCUUCAACUUACAGCUAUUCCUUCCAGUCUGUUAGCAGUAGCUCUAUUGGGAACUAG